AUGGCUUUCCCUGCUGGAAAUUUCAAUGAUCAGCUGCGAAAUGAAUUUUACCGUUAUUUAACCUUGGAUUUGAGCACCUAUUUACAAUCCAUACAAGGGAUUGUCGAUUUGAAGAUGGAUGAGAAAUAUGGCUGCGAAACUCUUGCGCUGUUGCACUGGGAACAGUUACAUGCCACUUCGUUGCCUGAAGAGGUCAAAAGCUUCUAUUUAGCUACAAACGGAUUUGAAUUCACAUGGAAGUUUCGCUUAGCUGAUCAUAAUUAUCCAGUGGGAAAAAUGCACAUCAACGUCCUGACCGAAUUAUGUCCGGUCAACGAGCCUUUCAAGACUCCCGACAAAUACGAUGGCUCCACACGAUUGUUUGUAAUUGACACCAAUUUCUCGCAAGGAAGUGUCGUACUUUUGGUAACCAAAGGCACCGCAAACAGCUCCGUUCAUUACCUAAGUAGUCAAGGGCAAUUGCAUCAAAUAGCUGAUAGUCUAACUGCUUAUCUUCGCCUCAUGUUACUAUACAUGGGACUGCCUGACUGGCCCCUUGUCCACCUCAAAAUGGAACUUUCUUACUGGAACAAGCAACUGUACGCCUAUUUCGCGCCUUAUCUAUCUCAAUCCAACUUUUUGAAAUUAGAGGAUGUAGACAAUCGAACGGCUCACCCAGUCAACGUCCUUGAUAAGAGCAUCUUCAAGGCAAAUAAAACGCCAAGGUGA